AUGGCCACGGUCCAGCUCGCCGUGGCUUCACCGACCUACAAGAUCCCUCUGGCCCUGUCCAGGGUUGCCCACAAGGGCCAAUUUUGCACCUAUCCCGAGGAAUUCGUGGUCAAGAACUUCCGCACUUGGACCCCCGAGGGUGGCAACAACCGCUCCGCCACCGUCGAGUUCGAUUACACGGAUGACAGCGUCAUGCCUGCCAUUGAGACCAAGUGCCACUUCAACGAGACCUCGGUCAACGUGGGCCCUCAGGACCUCGCUGCUCGUUAUGCCUGCGAGAACAGCCUAGUCGAGUUCAUAUGGAACGAGCGCGAGCUUACCAUGGUUGAACGAGCUUGUCCGUUCGAAACUGAGAACCGCCCCUUUGAGGCUGCCGGCUGGGUUACGCCGAACAUGAAAUGCACUCUGAGCACCCGGAAUGGCACCGCUGAUGGCCAAGCCUGCUCGUCGUCGCCGAGCGUCCUGUCUGCCGUGUUCAACAGCCUUGAGCCGAGGCCGAACUAA